UGUCCUAAUAAUGCAUGAUGGGAUAGUAAAAAGUCAACGCCGCUAGCUUCGCGUUUGCAUUACAUGCAUUGGCAAGGCAAGAUCAUAUCCGAAGAAGGUCAAUGAACUAUGUGUGAGAUACCAAUGGAUACGCUGCAUACAAAACAUAGCAUCUACAGUAUACAUGAGAUUUGUGCAAUAUCAAGAGACAUCUCGUGAGCAGGAAAAUGACAGGGCGGGAUUACAGAGGCUUUCUGACUACGCACAGGACUGGUGCAAGGGAAACUGGGCGGCCUGAUGAAGCAGAUAAGCUCCUGAUACGCAUGAAGGCAGGCCUUGGCAGCACCCGCUACACCAAGCAGGACUACGACCAGCUGAAGGCCGCUGCCCUGGAACGGAAGAUUUCCGGCAACCGCUCCCUCCUCAAGAUGAACAAACUCAAGAGCUUCUCCAAGGCCAGCAAGGAGAACACCCUGCUCAAGCAGCACAGUACGGUCUGGCAGAGGGAGCUGGGGAGGCUGGACGGCAUCAGGCAUCGACUGGAGAGGGAGCAGGAGCGACUGAUCCUGCAGGGGACGUCCGAAGGCUCCUCCAUCACCAUGUUCAUGCUGGAGGCCGAGGAUUACAACAUGCAGCUCCAGGAGGAGCUGGAGAAAUUCAGAAAGGCAACAGCUGAACCUGUCUGGUCACUCAAGGAUGAUCUGAAGAUCUGGUUAUCAAGGAACAGGGUGAAACUACAGCGUGGAGGAGAUGAUGAACUCGAUGAUGAACACGCUGAGGUGUGUGAUGUCAUCGAGAGCGUCAAGAGCCAGCAGGAAGCGGUGAUGAAACAGCUUGAACAUGAGCAAUGGGCGCUAGAGAGCGAGCUAGAUUCAGGAUUCCUACAAGGUCUAAGUCUAGGUACAGAGAAAUGUGUGAUGGAAGGGAUACCGAUGGAGGCAGAGGUUCUGGAAUGCCCAGAUCUGGAGAUAAGGGAUGCAGUCCUUCAAGAAUUUCUUACCCUCGAUGAAAAGUACAAGGAGAGACUAAGCGACCUUGAUAAAAGGCACUCAAGUACAUUAGUAGACUCUUUUGGAGGUUGGAGUAGAGAUGAUCAUUUAUUCUUUGAGAGCAUCGUUGAAAUGUACCCUAGAGACAUGCAAAACAGACGUACGCUUUACAUCGAUAGACUCAGAAAACAGUUCCCAAGGAGAACUAGAGCACAGCUGGUUGAACAUGAAGACUGGAUGAUCACCCAUCGUUACCACACCCGCCUCAGAAACACCCUGGUCAACUGCUGGGCUAAGGACAAGCAGGAGCUGUACGAGAAAGCGGCAGCCAUCUUUGCCGAUGUGUGUCUCGCUGCGGAGCUCGAGUCCAUCGCAGCAAUCAACGAACAAAGACAGGAGACGAUCAACUAUCAGCUUCGUGCGAAGAUUGAGCUUUGGAGAGAACAAAAACUUGAGGCGAUGCGGAUAGAAGAAGAACUUGAAGCGCAGAGACUCGAGAAUGUACAGAAGGAGAUGGAAUGGGAGAAACAGAAGGAAGAAAAGAAGAGAACGGCAGAGAAACAAAAGAUCCAGGUAUACAAGGAGCAAGUGCAGAAGGAGCAAGAGAAAGAGGAAGCUAAGAAGCGAGAGAGGCUUGCUGAGCUCCGCAAGGAAAUGGAAGUUCAGGCAGAGCAUGACAAAGAGAGAGUGGUUUACCGUCAAUACUUGCAAGAGCUAAAGGAAGAAAGGAUGAGGGAAGAACAGAUGAGGUUACAAGAGGAGGAAUUAGAGAGGGAAAGGAGACUGGAAGCCUUAAGAGAACAGGUCGCAGUACAUGUUGAGAGUGAUCCAUUCCGCGUGAUGCAAGCUACAAUGGCUUCCAAAGCUCAUUUGGGGAUUGGAGUAGAACAAGAUGUGAACAUCCAGCAACCUUUGUUUGAGAUGAAGACUUUCAGCUCAGAUAAGGUGAUGUCUGAUCCACGGCUGAUUCUAGAACAAGCCUUGAGGAAGGCAGGUCUUCACGAGAAUCCCUACGCAAGGCACAUGAUCGGGGCCACAAAACCUCUAAAGGCACCGAGACCAGAUAUGAAGUCUAGUCUCUUCAAGGAUAAAUGAUGUAAUAUCAGCACCACCACCACCAAACAAUGUGUUUUUGGUACCACCAAAAUGCUCAGGGCACCAAGAUCUGAUAUGAAGUCUAGUCUCUUCAAGGAUGUACGACCUGCACCACCAAACCGAGAUCUGAUAUAAAGUAAUGUUUCUUCAGGGAUAAAUGAUGUCAUACAGCACACCCAAAUAAUGUCAUUUUGGUACCACCAAACCCUUCAGGGCACCAAGACCAGAUAUGAAGUCUAGUCUCUUCAAGGAUAAAUGAUGUAAUAUGAGCACCACCGCCAAACGAUGUCUUUUCGGUACCACCAAAAUGCUCAGGGCACCAGGAUCAGACAUGAAGGCUAGUCUCUUCGAAGAUGAAUGAUGUCACCAAAGCGCCACCAGAUCACUCGAGGCACUGAGACAAAAUAUGAGGUUGAGUCUUCUCCAGAAUAAGAGAUUGUCAUUGUUAGCACCACCAAGGAUAUUUAAUAUGUCAAUAGAUGGUUGUAAACUCUCAUGAUUUUGAAAAACAUUUUCAUAAUUUUUUGGUCAGGGUGGGUUACCUGAUUAGAAAGUACCAAACAAUUUAGCUUCCUGAUCCGGAGCUAUGGGAUAAAUACAUGAAAAGAAAUGUCCUUUUGGAAUUGUGGCAAACUGAUGUGAUGUCAAGGCAUGUAUGCCAAGAAUCGUUUUGGCUACCUGACCCUGUGCUAUCUGGUCAGGAGAUUUGACUUACCGGUAAUAUGAUAUAGAGCAAAUAUUCAAUUCCUUGAGCAGUGAUGUUAUAGAAUAUUCUUCUUGUGAUAUCUUCAGGGUUAUACACUAACCAUUCCAGUCCAAACACCCUCGCCCACCCUCUGUGAUAUAGGGUGCUAGAAAGUAGAAACCCACCUGCCUGAUUCUACUACCAACUAUAAUGUGAUCAUUAUGACUGAGCUAUCAGAAAUGGUCCAAAGAAUGAUUUUGUGUUUCUCAUAGUCAUGCAGGCUUUUAUAUGUAAAAAUUGUUAAAUUUGUAAAAUCUUAUUGUGUCUCUUUCUCUGUACGUGCUUACAGUACUGUAGGAUGAAUACAGGUACCGGUUGAUAUAUUUGUUAUUGAAUAUAAAUCAGUCUACAAAUCUCAAGUUGUGGUAACAUUCCUGCAUAAUGGUUUGUAAAUAUUAUUUCUGUAUGUGUUUUGUAUUAAAAUAUUUAUGAUAUCAGAUGAUGAUACAAAUGUA